CAGAAAAGGGUGAUUAGAACUCUUCUGUGGAGGCGAGAUCUUGGGCUUUGGGUGGGUCCAAGCUGAGAUGAAGUGGAGCCUUACACUUUUUUGGGAAGCAGGUGCAGGGAUAUUGGAGAUGUCAUUUGUCAGAGUGAACCGUUACAGUCCCCGGGGAGGUGGAAGGAAAGUGCUAAAGCUAAAGAAGAAGAAACCUUCAGUGAAGCAAGAAUGGGAUAGUACUGUGAACGAUCUAACAGUUCAUCGGGCAACGCCUGAAGAUCUGGAACGCCGUCAUGAAAUACAUAAAUCAAAGAAUAGAGCAUUGGCACACUGGGAACUCCAAGAAAAAGCUCUGAAGAGAAAAUGGAGAAAGCAGAAAACAGAAACUUCAAAUCUUGAGAAAAGAAAGUUAUCCAUCAUGAAGGAGAUUCUUUCUGAUCAAUACCAGAUGCAGGAUGUAUUGGAGAAAUCUGAUAAUUUGAUGGCUGUAGCAAAAGAUCUGUUUGCUCCUCGAAGGCGCACAGGAUUUCCUAAUGUAACAAUGGCUCCUGAUUCCUCUCAGGGUCCAGUCGUGGUAAAUCAAGACCCUAUCACUCAGUCCAAUCUUGAUGAAUGUCUCAUAGAGCCUCAGGCUCUUAAUGAAGUUGAUGAUGAAGAAGGAACUGUUAUUAGCCAGUCAGAAGAAAGCGAGAAUGAGUUUGAUAAUUCUUUAAACUCUCAGUCUAACACGAACACAGAAAGGUUUCUGAACCAACUAAAGGAAGAGAAUUCUGAGUUAAUUAAUAAACUGUGGAAUGAUGUUCAGCAGAAAUUGGCAGCACAGUCCCACAUGGUAACCCCCCCAGGGACUCCGUCAUCUGCUCUGUCAUCAGGGAACCAAAGAGCUGCUCUGAAUGCUACCAAUGCCGUCAAGAGAAUCCAAACCAGGGUUCCAUCUGAAGAAUCUUCUGCGGCUCUAGGCUCAGGUUACACUGUGGGACAAGUGCUGAAUUCAAGAAAGCCGAAACAGCUGUUAAAUAAAGUGAAAAGAAAACCAGAUUUGCAUACUCCUUCCAAGCAAAAGAAUGUGUCAUCUAGCACAACCUCUGCGGACUUACCCAGCAGCAGUAAUUCCAGCCUGGAUGUUCUCAAACACAUGAUACAUGAGGUGGAGCAUGAAAUGGAAGAAUACGAGAGGUGGACGGGGCGUGAGGUCAAGGGCCUGCAGAGUGGUCAGGGGCUCACUGGCUUCACCUUGUCGCUGGUGAGCUCUCUCUGUCGCCUGGUUCGAUACCUGAAAGAGAGUGAACUUCAACUUCGUAAAGAAGUAGAGACAAGGCAGCAACUAGAAAAAGUAUUAGGUGAUCAUCGAGAGCUCAUUGAUGCUCUAACAUCUGAAAUUCUUCUUCUUAGAGAAGCAAAUACUACUAUACAGGCCAGACUUCAGCAGUACAUGGUGUCUACAGACGAGCAACUUAUAUCACUCACACAAGUCAUUAAGAGCUGUCCUGUGAUUAAUAACAGCAGACAAGAAAGUCAGGCGGCAGAAGGGAGAGCCACAAGUAGAAUUACGGAUAGUCCAGAUGCUCCAGUUGCAGAUGCCAGUGUCUCUGUACCGCUGACAUUUAGAGGGGAAGAAGUGGCUGCAUUUCCACAGGAAGAGAUGCCUGUGAAGCUGUCUCAGGGGCCAGCCCUUCCAGAGAGUGCAAAUCUGGCCAGCAAUUUCCCAGCACGUGUUUUUGAGCCAGCUGUCUUAUUAACCCCACCCCGCCAGAAGACUAACUCAGAAUUCUCUCCUCUACAGGAUGUGUUAAGGAGGACUGUUCAGACUCGUCCUGCCCCACGAAUUCCUCCAACUGUGGAAAUAAUUGAGAAAGAACAGAACUGGGAAAAGAAGACGUUGCCUGUUGAUACAGACAUUCACAGUUCAAGUGAAGAGAGUCGUCUCUUUACUCAGAGGUGGAGAGUAUCUCACAUGGGAGAAGAUUUGGAGAACAAAACUCAAGCUCCAUUCAUUAACCUCUCACAGCACCUCUGCAGUUCCCAUUCCAACUCUCAACAGAUGAGAAACCACACGUUCUCUGAUGAGCCCCCAGUACUGGGAGAUGGACAACAACUUAGAACAAAUGAUGCAGUAAUGCAAAGAAAAGACAUAGCGGCCCGAAUUGCUGAACUGACAUUGCAGAAUUCAGCUAUCAAGGCACAUCUAAAUAAUAUCGCUGGACCAGGAGGGGAGCAAGGGGAUGGACUCCGGGGUUUGAACAAACAGGAAAGUGCUGGCGACAUGACUGCUUCUUUUCCAGCAGCGCAAUCUCUGACACCAAGCAGCAUGGAGGAACGGAUUGCUGAAUUGAAUCGACAGAGUAUAGAGGCUCGUGGAAAACUCCUGCAGUUGAUAGAGCAACAGAAGCUUGUUGGUUUGAGUCUUUCCUCUCCACCAGGAUCACCUGUUCAGUCACCUCUCAGAACAUGGAAUGAAGGAACGAAGAGGACCAUUGAGAUAUCUAUUCCAGGAGCAGAUGGCCCAGAAAGCUCGAAGUGCAGUACUGUCUCCCCUGUCACUGGCACCAAUACUAGAAGAUCUUCAGGAGCUACUAGUAAUGCUUGUUCUCCAUUAAAUGCCACUUCAGGAAGUGGCCGAUUCACACCUGUUAAUCCAAGAUCAAAGAUUGAGAAACAAAAUGAAGAAGGCUGGUUUGCUCUUUCUACGCAUGUAUCAUAAGAGUUUUACCAAUAUGUUAUAAUUUUUCUUGACCUUCUACCCUCUUCCUGUUCUUGUGUUUUAAAGCGUUUACAUUCUUUUGAUAAAACCUACAAAGUAUCUGUGAAUUAAUGCUGAUGAAACAGACCCAAAAAUGUGCAAUUAUUUUUUUUUAACCUUUGUAGUAACCAAAUAACAUAUAAUUCCUUGUGAUUAAAAGUUUGACUAUAGGAAGAUGAAAGUUAUAGUAUGCUAAUAAUUUCUUAAGUAUUUUAAAGGUUUUCUGUUGAGUAAUGC